AAAAACAAAGGGAGCUAUGGAAGGGGGGAGAAGCGUCUUCUUGCACACACACCAGCCAUUCUCUCCCAUUCAAAUUUUCUUCUAUUUUGAAGUUUUUCUCUUGGCGGGAAAGAACUUCCAACUUUCCUCUCUCUUCUAGAGUUAGGUUUUUGGGAAAUGGAAGGCAGCGAAAGCGAAGCCAUUUUUGAAUCUCUAAACCUCAAUCCCCAGCUCUUCAUCAAUGAAGUCCUUAACCUAGUCGAUGAUUUGCUUGAUGGAGCUUUUGAUUUCUAUCAACAGGAAGCAUCGAAUCUUUUGAGAACGGACGGAACCGAUCGCUCUGGUGAUAUAAACAAGGGUAUUGGUUAUAUUCGUAAUAUGAUUCAAGGAGUUUUGGAUAAGCGGCUGGAGAUGUGGGAGAAGUAUUGCCUAAGACACUGUUUUGCUGUUCCUGAGGGAUUCUUGAUGCCUAAAGCUAGUGAAACACCUGGUGACAGUUCAAUUAACAAAGAUGUGCUGUCUGGUCUCGAGCUGGAUGCGCAGUUGGAUUCAUUGAGGGAUAAACUUACAGUGGUUGCAAAGGAAUCUGCUGAGCUGAACAGAGAGCUCCAAGCAUUGGAAAGGCAGUCUGUCUUAAGCAAUCAAUGUACUGGGUCUGUUAAUGAGGCAUUGCAGUUAUAUGAACAAAACAAAGUGCAUGACAUGUUUCAGGAGAUGAUGAGAACUGCAUCAGAACUUCGUACUAAAAUGGAGAAGAUGAAGACCAAGAGGAUGGAAGGGAUUGAACGUGUUAAAACAGAGAGGAUAUACAACCCAGACAGAGAUUUGUCUAUGAGGAAUCGUGACAAAGGCCUAUUCAAUGCAGAGUUGGAAGAUCUUCAAGAAUUUUUAGCCAACAUAAAGAACAUACUGGCAAGCAUCCUUGGCCUUGUCCACCAUCUCAUCCUUCUUAGCCUGAAGUCAUCGAGUAUAAUAAUCUUAGUUAUAUUUUGACAUACAACAUGAUGUGUAUGAUAGACUACUUGAAAAUGGCCACCAUGAAUGAAUGGAAAAGAAGUUCUCACCUUGGCUUGGCCCUUGGCCUCACCAGCUUGGAAGGAAACAUCUUCGGAUCGGUUGGCCAUCUUGUUCUUUAAAUGAAGAGGACUUGGAAAAUGCUACUCAACCUGAACUUCGGUUGUGAUGCAAAACCAAGCAAAUAUGUGAAGGCAUUUAUAGGCUUUGGGCAGGAGGACGUUGGUUGACAAGUGUAAUUGGACAUUGUGCGUGAUAGGAGGUUCAGGUGUUGGCCUGUGGCUUUGCAGAAUUCGAGGGGUUGUUUGGUGGACUGGAUCUAUUCAAAGGCUGUUGAGGUUUUUGUGGAUGGCAAACGACUGAAUCAUAGCAAGGAUUUGCAUAACGGACCUGUUUGGCUGUCGGUAUAUGCUGAAAUUCCAUGCCUCUUUGUUUCCAUAUAUGCCGUGCUGUGUUAUUCUGAUGAUUGAAACUUCAAUCAGUUUUAGAACUUUAAAUUUAAAAGAAUAUUAGUCUUAACACAC